UGCGGUGGGGACGAGGAGCUUCUGCAUUUGUAGUCAGUUCCAAACACUGAUAUUGUACUUCAAAUGAAUAGAAGAAUACACACGCUCACUAUAUCUAAUAAUACUGCAGUGGGUGGAGGAUAAAAAGGCAGACUGUGCGUGAGUAAGUGUCAGGCUAUGGUUUCCUGCCCUUGUCUUAACACUGCACACCUCCAGUACACCGACACAGGAAAUUAAGAGGUCUGAGCAAAGAGAAGCAUGAGAGGAGACACACAGAGGCACGGCUUUUAUCUCCUGAGACUUCAAAAUGCAGUGUAGCUUUCUGCAUUUGAAGAUCAGACAAAGACGCCGCUAAGGAAGAGAACUGUUGAAACACUCAACAGCAGCGUGUAUGAGAAUCACCCCACGCUGCUUCACUUACAUUCACUUCAUUGACAAACCCUUGAACCUGCAACGAUGAACGUGACGGACAGCUGCAGCCUCCCUUCAGCUGAGUACCAGUACCACUUGUUCCCAGCGGUCUUCAUCCUCGCCUUAGUGGUCGGUCUACCUGGAAACCUGCUGGCCUUCUUCGUCUUCACCUUCAGGACCACUCCCCGCACGGCCUUCAGCGUCUUCAUCAGCAACCUGGCUCUGGCUGACAUCGUCAUCCUCCUCACCCUGCCCUUCAGGAUCCACUACCACCUCAACAGAAACAACUGGGUGUUCGGGGACGUUGUGUGCCGCAUCACCGGGAUCCUGUACUUCGCCAACAUCUACAUGAGCAUCUGUUUCAUGACGUGCAUCUGCGUGGAUCGAUACAUGGCCACCAUUCAUCCGCACACGUACCUGCGGUUGAAGAGCCCCUGGUGCUCUCUGAUUGUGAGUGUGUCGUUGUGGUGUGUGAUGGGAGUAGCUAUGCUGGUCUUCGUCCUCAUGGGACCUCUGGAGACAAAUAAAGAUGUUUCUGGGAGCCACAGCUGCUUUGAGAACAUGACCAAACACGAGUGGGGCACACGUUUGGCGGUGUACAGCCUACUGGGGCUGAUAUUUGGCUCCCUGCUGCCGUCCAUCAUCAUCCUGGUGUGUUACCCGCUGGCUGUGAGGCGAAUCUCCAGGAUUAAGACCAGGACGGCCCAAAAGGCAGUGAGACUCAUUUACACCAUCCUCGCCAUAACCCUGCUGUGCUUUCUGCCCAAUCACGUGGUGUAUCUGCUGCACUUCCUGCGGCGCAUGAACAUCAUCCAGAGCUGCUCCGCUGCAAACGCUAUCUACGACGCCAGGCGGGUCACCAUGGCUCUAGUUACCCUCAACACCUGCCUGGACCCUGUGCUGUACUACAUCACCACCAGCCACUGCACCUGGAGGGACAAGGUGAAGUGUUCAUGGGGAAGAUUGAGGAGGCGCAAAGGGAUUUACACCAUCGCAGUGAGUUAACAGAGCGCAGCAUACAUUGACGAUGUAAACAGCUGUGUGUUUGCUUCAUGCUCACUCGGUCAUUAUUGCAAAUACUUUUCUACAAAGAGGUUUAUUCAAAUCGGCUGUGUACAUCAAAAUAAAGGGAAACACCAAAGCAUCUAAUUUCUGUCAAAGGAGUUCAUGAGUCUGUGAUGUCUCUAAAAAACAGAAAAGAAUGCAGUUAUGAAGAUUGCUUCAUUUUAAGUCCAUUAUUCCAACAGUAAAAGAAGCUAAUUCAGCCUCUGUGUUGUUAAAGUUUACAGGUAAGAAGGUCAGGUUUUCUGCACUUGUUAGGAAUCUUCAGCCUUGUAACAUUCAGGCUCAUUUCUCCUUCAAAUGUUCACAGUUUGGGGACAAAGAGAGUUCAGCACAGUCCAGACGGAAGCCCCUUUUUCAGUAGAGUUGAAAGGAAGCUCCCGAGGUCCUCAUCCUGGAAAGGGACAACAAAAACAUGAAGUCAGAAAUCUUUACUGUAACACAUCAAAACAGACACCUAUUACUUUAAAGUGAUAACAUGGAAAAUGGGAAAUGUAGAGGACUGACUUCAAGAAAUUUGCAGCUCUAACUGCACUGAGGAUCUAAGACGUUUUCUAAAACCUUAGAUCCCUUAAAGUAAAAAUAUGACCCCUAAUUUCUGAGUAAGUUUGACUGUUUUAUCUCUUUCUUUUUGACCUCAAGAGGUAAAGAUGAUCUAAUAUAUCACAUGAAAGAAUUACCUCUUGUUUUGCUUAACCAACUGUCUGUACAGUGAAAGAUAUAAAGACAGAAAAGCAGAAAAAAAUGCAAACUGUGCCACACUGUUUUUAAACUCAUGUGUCUUUAAUUUCAGGGGUCGUGUAGAAACAACAGGCACACAAUGUACAGUGCAAGACUUAACUCCUCAUGAUGAAAGUUUCAUACAGAGAGGAAAACUAUGUGUGUACAUCUGUGGUUUGGAUUUGUGAAACAGUCUGGGUGCAAAAUGUAUCAAGAGCAAAAAAAAAA